GGCUUUGCAUUAAAACCGUGGGUUGGCAUAUAUAUCUUCCGUGUUUUGUUUCUCUUUUGAAAGUUUUUCGGAGAAGGGUUCCUUCUUUCUGGGUUAGUCUCUUCUCUCGUCUCUCCUGCGACUCCGCCAUGGCUUCUUCCUCUGCCGUCAACAGAUGGUUAAGGCCUGAGGUGUAUCCACUCUUUGCAGCAGUUGGUGUAGCUGUUGGCAUUUGUGGCAUGCAACUUAUAAGGAAUAUCUGCACCAACCCUGAAGUGAGGGUAACCAAAGAGAACAGAACAGCAGGAGUGCUUGACAACUUUGAGGAGGGUGAGAAAUAUGCAGAACAUGGCCUCAGGAAGUUUGUCCGCAGCAGAUCCCCUCAGAUCAUGCCAUCCGUCAACAAGUUCUUCUCAGAUCCAAACUGAAUCGAAUGCUGGGAUUUCUCCACCUUAGUAGAAAUUUGUCUUUUGAAAAUGGCGUUUGUCUGCUUAUAUAACUGAUUGAAUAGGAGAGAAUGACAUAAAAUUUGUUUUCUAAAAGAAGAAAUGAGAGGCCAAGUUGUUGGUGGCUCAUCAUCUUGACCAUUGAAUAAUAAAGUCUAUAUUUGCACGCUGUA